UCUAAAUCGUCGUCUCACACUCUCACUCAACCUCUACCUGCUACAUUCUAGGCAGCCAUGGGCACCGCAGAAUUUCUCCUCCGUUCUGUACGACGUCGUCCUGUCACAACAACCUUGUGCACCGCAGCAUUGGUUUAUUAUGCUGGUGCAAGGUCCUCAAAAUUGGCAUCAGACCAAGAACAAAAAGAAAGCUCCCCAAAAUUGGCAAGCCGGUUUAAACCUUUCAGGAUUACAGAGGUUGAGGGUGGAGGCUUGGCGAUCAAGGGGAAUGAACCCUUUAGCUCGUGGUUUUCAACAACUAUAUUCAUACCUGGCCGCGGUGCCUCUCAUACCUCUGCCAAUGGCGUUGGUUCUAACUCUUUGGACAAUGAAACUGAAGCCCUUGGUAAAUACCCUAAAUGCAAGGUAUUUGGUCAUGACGCUAAUAUUACACACCGUGGUCGUUUUAGUCCUCCUUUAAGUUUUUUUGGUACUGUUCCCAAUACUAGUAAUUCUGGCUCCAAUGGUGGUGGUUCUGGCUCCAGUAGUUCUUAUGGCUCUGCCUCCAGCAGUGUCAAUGGCGGCUCUGGCUCUAGCAGUUCUUAUGCCGGCUCUGCCUCCGAGCUCGAGCAGUUCUUAUGA